CAUUGCUUGGCAGCAAUGCUGCCGCAUGCCAUCUCUCAUUGCACGUCGUUUCAGCAUUUUAUCACUUCUGUUCAGGUACCAUUGGCUUCCGCAAAAAUUUUAGCCAUCUUAAGUUCACGCUGUGCUCAUUUGAUAAUUAUCUUGAACACAGCACUGCACGCACAACAAAACAUCCCCCCACUCUGGCAUUUGUCUCGGCUGUUACGCUCUCCAAAAGCCUAAAACGCAACUGGUAACCUCGAAACCACGAAACCACGAAGCCAGAGUCAGAGCAGCUGUCGAAAGCUAUCCAGUCAGAGCCGAAAUGUCAUCGCUCGCACGUGAUUACGGGGUGACAACGGGCUAUCAAACGAGAACUCUCCGUGCCUGCAUGGUCUGUUCCAUCAUUCGCCCACAAGCAGACUUUCUAAAGGAUGGAUGUCCUAAUUGCGAAGAAGCAUUGCAAAUGGCUGGUUCGCAUGACACUGUGAGCGAAUGCACUUCUUCAAACUUUAAUGGCAUCAUCGCCCUUAUGGAUGAGAAGAAUAGCUGGGUAGCUCGAUAUCAUCGCUUAGAAGGCUAUAAGCCGGGAAUGUACGCGGUGCAAGUCAUUGGCAAUCUUGGUGAGGAGUACAUUGAUAUGGUGCGUGCGGUGGGGAUGAGGUUCGUCAGAAGAGAUGGCAAGAAAGUCGAAGACGAGCAGCCUGAGUAGAAUUUCCAACUCAUUCAUCAGUUGGCAAUGCAGAUUACGUGUGUGAAAAUCUCAAGUUUAUGGUCAUUCAGGUUCUGAUCUUGAUUAUCUUGCUUAUCCACUUGAAAAAAUUGGUCACGAGAACAAUGUUUGAGCAUGGUGAAUAGAGACCUUAAUUAAUCGACACCAGCCGAUAGUACAAAGAUAGAAGUUUGAGACCAAUAUCCAUGUUGUUGAUUUUAGCCACCAU